AUGGAGAGCAAGUCUAACAUCAGCAGUAUGGGAAGCCUGACUGUUGCAUCUAUGGGAAAUUCUUGUGGAAUAGACUUUAGCCAAGACGGCAUCUUCCUUCCUGUCCUGUACGGGACCUUUUUCAUCAUCGGCGUUCCUUUAAACCUAACGGCGCUAUUCGGACUCUACAGGUUAAUCAAAUCAGAAAACGUUUUACCCGUCUAUGUCAUUAACCUCUUGAUAUCCGAUCUUGUACAGCUCCUCACUUUGCCUUUUUGGAUGGACUAUUAUGCAAACGGUCACUACUGGCGCUUCGGACCCAAGACCUGCCAGAUCAUCGGUCUGUUGUUUUACAGCAGCAUUUACGCGGGAAUCUUUUUUAUGUGCAUCAUCGCUCUGGAGCGUCACCUGGCCAUCGCCAGACCUCUCAGCUUUAAGCAUGUGGGUAGCUUAAAGUUUGCUUGCUGGCUAGCACUCGCCGUUUGGACUUUACUUAUGGUGGCGCAAAUCACUGCUAUAGAAAAGCUCUUUCCCAAGCGGCAAAAUUACACUCUUUGUAUUGAAAAGUAUCCCUCAGAGGGCAGAUUUAUCACCUACAGACUGAUAACCCUGCUCCUGUCCUUCAUCAUACCCCUGAGCUUCAUUGUAGGUCUCCAAAGACAGACCGUCCACUCGCUAAUGGCAAUCAACUCACUUUUAUUCGAGGAAAAGAGGAGAAUCAGGGGUCUGCUCACCCUUCUGGUGAUCAUAUUUGUCACGGUGUUGGGGCCCUAUCAUUUAAUCGGCUGUGUGAAGUACAUCGGACUGCUGAUGCACGCCAGCACGUGUGUGUGGGAGAGGGCUGUGUUUGUGCCCUAUCAGAUGGGGAGAGGCUUUUUGAGUCUAAACAGCCUGCUGGAUCCUGUGUUUUACAUCUUUCUCCGGAAAGACUUCCGCGCUGCCGCCGGGGACUACCUGCCCUGCCUGGGGAGAAUCAGAAUCGGAUCAGCUCAGACAGAAGGGCCAACAAACACAACUGAAGAGCACGAUUAAAGAGCGUUGUUAUAUCUCACCAGAUGGUGAAUUCAAAUCACAACUUUGACAAAAUUGAAUUAUGCCAAAUUAUAUCAGCAGCGCCAAAUACGGCAGAUUAUUAAACAUCAUUAUUUAACUUCUUUCUACGAGGACAUUAAGCUUAAACAAUAAAAUGCCUCUCCAUAGUGGGCGGAGUUAUUAUUCAUGCAAAAGAUAAAAGAUGUAACAUCAAGCAUGCAACACAUGAGCACUUGUGUAAAGUGAAGAGGAAGCAACGGUUUAAGAGUGACAACUAUACAUUUAAGUUUAGGGGAAAUGAAUUUGGCCUAUUUUAACAAGGGAAAUCGCACUGUGAGAAUUUCCCGCUAUUAAAUGCAGAAACAAGAGAGACCCACGAUUUGCAAAGUGCUAUAGCUUGCAAGGACACCAAAUGAAUCCCUUUGCAAUUGUAACAUACAGUAUUUUUAGGUUUUAACAUUUUCUCAGAACUGUCCUAUCAUGCAUCCAUCAACUUAAAAAUAU